AUGUCCCUUGUCAUCAGACGUCCAAUGCUCAGCCCUUCUGGUGGCCCUAGUCUGACGGAACCAAUCGAGGUUCCCCGAGUUAGUACAGCUACUGUCGGCAGUCUGUUGAGGAAGGACUUUCUCUCCGAGGCCAAACCCCAUCUACAAGAUGCCUCUAUGCCCUCAAGUUGUCUGGUUUCUCUUACUGGUGUGCAGUCUGGGAUGAAGACCUGUUGUCUUGCGACGUGUCGAGGAAGUAGAUGUUUGGUGUUGAUCACAGUGUGUUUCCAGAUUAUUUGUGUUCUUCUGCUGAUCAACAACAUACUGCUGCACAUCACCAUCAGAACAGAGAGAGACCUGAUAAAGAGUUACAAGAACACGGUUGAAGAGUUCAAUCAAACCAUCAACAGCUUACAGGACAACUACACUGAUCUAAUGACUGAAAAACUCCAACAGCAGGACAGCUUCAGCUCUUUGAGUCAGAAGAAACUGGAGACCAGAGUCAAAGAUCUCACUGCUGAGAAAGACCAGUUUUGGUUCGAAGGUGAGCCAAGCAACUACGGUGGAAAUGAGGACUGUAUUGAACUGAAUUAUAAUAGAAAGAAGACGGGAUGUCCAGCAGGACGCAACAGAGAGCAGGUUUUUCAGACUGAACUGAUCAGAGAGGAAGACGAACGAGGAAGUAGAUGUUUGGUGUGGAUCACAGUGGGUCUCGGGCUCAUUUGUGUUCUUCUGCUGGUCUUCAUCAUACUGCAGCACAUCACCAUCACAGCAGAGAGAGACCUGAUAAAGAGUUACAAGAACACAGCUGAAGAGUUCAAUCAAACCAUCAACAGCUUACAGGACAACUACACGGAUUCAACACGGAAGAACCUGGAGCUGGAGACCAGAGUCAAAGAUCUCACUGCUGAGAAGAACCAGUUACAGAGCAACUUCAGCUCUUUGAAUCAGAAGAAACUGGAGCUGGAAAGCAGAGUAACGUCUCUGAGUGACGAACUUAAGAAAGAAGAAUCUAAACAGAUUUGUUUUUUCGUGUCCACUGAGUUGAAGAGCUGGUCUGACAGCAGACAGUACUGCAGGGAUCGUGGUGCUGAUCUGGUCAUUAUCAACUCUGAAGAGAAGCAGAGGUUCAUAUCUUCAUUCAUCAAGGACAGAGUGUGGAUUGGUUUGUCUGACACAGAGAACGAGGGCAUCAUGAAAUGGGUGGAUAAUUCAACACUGAAACCAGGGUUUUGGCUCAAUGGUGAGCCGAAUAACCAAGACGGAGAUGAGGACUGUAUUGAACUGAUGCCUUCAAAUCCCGUCCUGAACAACUGGAAUGAUCUGCCAUGCUCACAAAAGAGAAAAGGGUUUUGUGAGAAAUAGGGUUCAUCCCACCUUUUUGUGGUUUUGCUUCAAAGUAGUGGAUAUUCAUAUGAAUGGAAAAUGUAAAAAUGUAAUUCUUUUUUAUUGCUAUAAUAAACUCAAGGGCAAUAAAACAUUCACAGAAAACCACUAUGGAUUUAUUUGUUUUAGUGUUUUUCCUCAUAAUCUCAUUUUAAAAAACGAGACCAUCACAAGCUGAAGACACAACUCUUCCACACACACCAAAAUCAAAACAAAACUUUACUUUUCUGCACCUUCACUUUUGCUGUAGCUUCUGUGACAAGUUUACUUUUAACACGUUAUACAGGUUUUGGUUUGUAGAAGAGCCAAAUAAGGUAGGCAGGAAUGAGAACCGUAUUGAACU